AUGGCUUCGACUACAAUAGAAUUUGCUGUACAAAUGACUUGUAAAAACUGCAUAGACACAAUAAAAUCUCAUUUUUCUGAUGUCCAAGGUAUCAAAGAUAUACAGUUCUAUUUAGAGCAACAGAGGGUAGUUAUACAAAGUACACUACCAACAUUGAAAUUAUUACAAAUUCUUGAAUCCACUGGUAAGAAAGUAGCUAUCAAAGGAUACGCUGGUGGACAAGCUGCGGUUUCAAUAUUGGAAGCUGGGAAUGAAAGUAUUCAAGGGGUUGUUAGAUUUAUACAACCAACUUCAGAUAUAUGCAUAGUUGAUGGUACAGUUGAUGGCUUGAAAAUGGGUACCUAUAGAAGUUAUAUUUAUGAGUGUGGAGAUAUUUCUGCAGGUUGUGAAAACGUUGGUAACAUUUUCAAUCCAACAAAUAGUCCAGAGGGACAUUCUUAUGGAUAUUUGGACAAAAUAAUCAGCGAUGACAACAAAAGAGCAACAUUUCGUUUUGAAAAUAAUGUUAUUAAAGUAUCAGAUUUAAUUGGUAGAUCCUUUGUAAUCACUGAAGAAUCGGAUAAUACUAAAAAAAUUGUUUGUGGUGUUAUCGCGCGCUCGGCUGGUCUUUUCCAAAACCCCAAAUUAAUCUGCGCGUGUGAUGGGACAACAGUAUGGGAUGAGGCAUCGAAAAAAUCUGCAUUGUAGAAUAAACAACUAAAUAUGUUUUUUAUUGGUUCUACUCAUCUUCGGUUAUUGGACUGCAAUGGCCUUUUACUAAUUUGUUAAGCAGAAUAUGUUUCAUUUGAUAAUUGAGAUUGUGGGUACGUAAAACUUCAAACACGUCAUGCUCCUGAUCGAUAUUUAUAAGUUAAUUACUCCUCAAGUGCCAGAUAAAGUAUUAGGUUUCAAAAUUGUGCUUUAAACACAAACUGAAGAAUAGUAGAAUUUGUGUUUUUGAAGUAGAACCACAAAUCUGCUCAAAAAAAUAUUCCCUUAUGGUAUUGGUUGCUGAAAUGAGUAUUAUUUAAUAAAGAAGACUAUAUAUAAAAGAACCUAAGCUCAGGGGCGUCGAACCCAUAGGUUUUUUGGACAAAAUAUUUGAAAAAUUAUAAAGCAAAUAUAAUCAACUAUGAA